ACAACCUAGUCAGAGCAACCGUACUUACACUAUAAGGAGAUUUUCUUGCCUAAAAAAUUUAAAAUGGUUAAAUUAAUAGCUGUUAUUUUGGUUUUCACCGUGUUCGGUAUUGUUUUAAGCAAGCCUUUGGAAGACACGAAGGAUGUCGAACAAAAGGUACCCCGGCUGUGGAAGAGAUAUAUCAACUCUGCUUUAGCAUCAGGCUUCUACAAUGAUGGCAUAUCUAGGAUAAGAACUAGGAGAAACGUAGCGGAAGACUGCGAGAAGUUAGAACUGUGUAGACUGCACGCGAGAUCUUCUAGAAACUUCUUAUCAGCGUUCGAGCUCUACUUCGUCAAUAAAGAGAACGCGCGUCUCUGGGACCACCAGACGCACACAAUAGCCGAUUGCGACCGUCGGUUCGCACACUGCUUCGGCUCGGAGCCCCAACGGUCGCAACAGAAGCAAUUCAGGGACAGAGCUGACUAUGAUAGUUAUAGGGAGUUUAGUGAUGACUAUUAAUGAGAACAAUUAGAUUUUAGAUUAUAAGAAACAGACCUCUAGCCUCUUGUAAAUACAUAGAUUACGUAUUA